CGCAAACGCAUGCAAUAUAAAGGCGCACUAAACGUCCAGUUCUUCCCUGGCUGCACAUGAUCUGGUCACAAGAACUUUACGAAAAUGGGUCUGCCAACCGUCGCGGCUUUCCUUCCCUGGUUCGGCACGUCCGCGCCGACAUCAGUGGCUAUCCUCUGCGUCCUUUCUACCGUUUUGCUUGCCUAUGCUGCGACGCGGGCCCGGACGACCAAGCGGCUGCCGCCUGGCAAGUUGGAAUGGCCCAUCGGUGGAAUGCACUUCUUCCGAGAUGGCUUCCACACCAUGUGUUCCUUUCCCGGUGACGUGCCUCGCAAGAUGCGACUGAUCUUGAGACCCACGGUGCUCGUACGGCACUACGAUCAAAUCAAGAUGCUGCUGAGCGCGGACGACCUAACCGAAGUCAACUGGCCCCGCGCCACCGCCAUCAUGUUGGGACCCAACUCCGUCACCUUCACAUCGGGCGCCCGACACCGCUUCCUGCGGCGCCUACUGGGCCCCUGCUUCACGCAGCAGGCCGUGGACACCUACCUGCCGGCCAUCCAGGCCAUCUGUGAGCGCUACUGCGCCGAGUGGGCGGCAGCCACCGCCUCCGCCUCCGCUUCCGCCACCACCACUGCAGCAGCCAAGCCAGGUGGCGGCGAUGCGGCCGCCGUCAUGGACGAUGUCGAGCUACUGCCCAAGAUGCAGAAGCAGGCCCGUCUGCUGACCUUUGAGGUUAUGUCUCAGGCGGUUGCCGGCUUCCAGUUCACCCCGCAGCAGCUGGAACGCAUGAGCGACGCAUUCGACACCUUCACACGCGGGAUAUUCUCACCUCUGCCUCUGGCCAUACCCGGCACAGCCUUCGCAAGGGCUAGCGCCGCUCGCCGCUUCAUCACGGCAGCGCUGGACCAGCAGGUGGCGCGCACCAACCUGGCGUCCGGCAUGCAUGGCGCAGCGGGGGGCAGCCAGGCGGGCAACGCAUGCAGCGGAGUCGGCAAGGCAGAUGCCGACAGCAGCAGCAGCAGCAAUGGGGUGAGCGGCAGUGUUGGCGGUGGAGCCGUUGAGGGCGGCAGCGUUAUGGAGCGGCUGCUGGGGAUGCGAG